CUCACCAGCCUCACUCAGUCCCACCAUGGUGGACGCCUUCCUGGCCACCUGGAAACUAGUAGAAAGCAAGAAUUUCGAUGACUACAUGAAGUCACUCGGUGUGGGUUUUGCUACCAGGCAAGUGCCCAAUAUGACCAAGUCCACCACAAUCGAGAAGAAAGGCGACGCUAUUGUCCUAAAAACACAGAGUAUCUUCAAGAACACAGACAUCCGCUUCAAGCUGGGGGUGGAGUUCGAUGAGACCACAGCAAAUGACAGGAUGGUUAAGUCCAUUGUGACACUGGAUGGUGACAAGCUUGUCCAUGUGCAGAAGUGGGAUGGACAGGAGACGACAUUAGUGCGGGAGCUAAGUGACGGCAAACUCUUCCUGACGCUCACCCACUGCAGUGCAGUUAGCACUCGCACUUACACGAAAGAUGCGUGACAGGC